GUUGGCCUAUUCAUGAUUCUUCAAACUUCAAUCAAAUCUACUUCCAAUACUUUAUGAAAAAUAUAAUCUGGGAAAUGCACAAUCUAAUUUAGAAAAUAUACCAUCAUAAUUAUAAUCUUUAUUCUUUUCAGUUUUUUUUCCAGAUUCCAAUUCUCAUCAUUAUUUUCCAAUUCUGCUGUACAAAUUACAAUCGCCGCAUAGCUUCAUUUGAACACACACAAAAACACACACACAAACCUAGAAAGAAACUACAAGCGUUAACCCUUUUUAAUCUCGUCUCUGAAAAUGUUGGGAUCCUAGUGUUUUUAUGUUUUGAAACACUUUUCUUGAGAUAAAGUUGACAUCUUUUUUGUUAACAUUGCACUGUUUUCUGGGUGAUUACAGUUGAUAAAUUGAUUCUUGGGCAGGCUUAUUAUUGACCCUUUCUCUUGGAUGGUAGGAUCACAAGCUCUGUUUAUGUAUAUCUGGGUUCUGGGGUGUGCUUUUGAGAAUCAUUUUCUUUAAUUGAGGAAUAAUAAAGUCUGGACCCUUACUGUAUUCUUAGGGGUUUCUUGAGUAUUUUUCAAUUUUAGUCAAACCAUGUGCAAUAAUAUUAUAUUUAAAGCAAUGGGGUCUAGCUAUAUAAAUUAGAAGCUUGAUUGUUGGUUUUGGGUUUUCAGAAGAAAAGUUACUUUGAGUUGUUGAGGGACUUAAGUUGAAAUCUGGAAAUUGAGUGGUUUGUUGGUAGAUAAGUUCUGGAGUCCCAACUAGUGUAAUUGGGUACUUAUUUGAUAUCCUGGUAUGGGUGAAAUUGAGGAAUGGGCACAGCCAAGUGGCAUGUUCCCGAAUGGGAUGUUGCCUGAUGCAGGUCCAUUGAUUAAUGUGCUUCAGUCUGAUAGAUGGUUAAAGGCGGAGGAGAGAACUGCAGAGCUUAUUUCUCGCAUCCAGCCUAAUCGGCCAUCUGAAGAACGGAGAAAUGCUGUUGUGGAUUAUGUGCAACGACUAAUAACAAAGUGUUUUCCAUGCCAGGUUUUCACUUUUGGAUCAGUACCCCUCAAGACCUACUUGCCUGAUGGAGACAUCGACUUAACUGCCUUUAGUAAUAAUCAAAAUUUGAAAGAAACAUGGGCUACCCAGGUCCGUGAUAUGCUCGAGAAUGAAGAGAAGGAUGAAAAUGCUGAGUUUUCUGUGACGGAGGUUCAGUAUAUCCAGGCAGAAGUCAAGAUUAUUAAGUGCCUCGUGGAGAACAUUGUGGUAGAUAUAUCCUUUAACCAGGUUGGCGGAUUAUGCACCCUUUGCUUCCUGGAGGAGGUUGAUCAUUUGAUAAAUCAGAAUCAUCUAUUCAAACGCAGUAUUAUACUAAUUAAAGCAUGGUGCUACUAUGAGAGCCGAAUACUUGGUGCUCAUCAUGGGCUUAUAUCAACAUAUGCCUUGGAAACCUUGGUUCUUUAUAUAUUUCAUGUUUUUAAUAAUUCCUUCGCCGGACCACUCGAGGUUCUUUAUCGAUUUCUGGAAUUCUUUAGCAACUUCGACUGGGAUAAUUUUUGUGUCAGCUUAUGGGGUCCUGUAUCCAUUGGUUCACUUCCAGAUGUGACCGCCGAAACUCCCAGAAAAGAUGGCGGUGAAUUGCUACUGAGCAAAUUAUUUCUUGAAGCAUGUAGCUCUGUCUAUGCUGUUUUCCCUGGUGGCCAGGAAAACCAGGGACAGCCUUUUUCUUCAAAGCACUUUAAUGUGAUUGAUCCUUUACGUGUAAACAACAAUCUUGGGCGUAGUGUUAGUAAAGGUAAUUUUUAUAGGAUACGCAGUGCAUUUGCUCAUGGGGCUAAAAAACUGGCAAGAUUGCUCGACUGCUCUAAUGAAAGCAUACUUUUAGAACUCAACCAAUUUUUUAUGAAUACAUGGGAGAGAUAUGGCAGCGGUAAUAGGCCUGAUGCACCAGAGGUCAAUACUUUGAGUUUGAGGUCGUCAACCCAAGGUAAUGUGCCUAUAUCUGUCAAUUCCAAGGAUGUUUUAAGCAGCAAAGAAGUGAAGAGUAAUUCUUCUAUUCGGGAUUCCAAGGUUGAGAGAACUAGUCUGCAUGGUGUUUCGUUUCAACGCGGUAAUCAUUCCUCAGAUAGCAUGUCUGGGAUCAGUAAUGUUUCUGCAACUUCUCUUAAUGAAAAUCAAAAGCGUCAAGAGAACUUGAAUAGCAAAAGAAUAUCAGGUCAGAUCAUUCGGCAAAUUAGUUCAAACCAGGCUACGGGUACUGAUAAGGAUCAAAGAAAUUUGCAAUCUCAACGUAUUUUAAGUGAUAUUCAGGGGAGGUUUCUUUUUGUGAGAACACGCUCAAGUCCUGAGCUUACUGACACUUAUGGUGAUGUUUGUUCUCAAAGCAGGCAGGCAGGAGAAGAAGAUAGUGUAAAGUCCCAGGGUACCGCUACUGAGUCAAGCACUAACAUUAAUAGUUAUCAUCAUAAAAAGGAAAACCCUGAACCUUAUGUUGUACCAAGCCAUAGUGGCCAAUCUGUAAAUGAUGACCCUUCAUCUAAUAGACAUGCUACACCUCACCAGAGCCUUGAUCCUGAUGCUGGUUUAAACAGUGCUCCAAAUCAUCAGUCUGAAUCAGGCUUAAGAAACAUGACUGAAGAACUUUCUCCUGCAUCCAGGAUGCAAGGGAUGCAACAAGAACAAGAUAUAAUGAACUUGAUGGCCUCUUCUACCAUUAAUGGUUUCAAUGGCCAGGUUCCUAUGCCACUGAAUGUAGCUGCAGGUCACCUACCUUUUCAGCCUGUUCUAGCUUCAAUGGGGUAUGCUCACAGAAAUUUUCCUGGAAUGGUGCCUGCCAAUUUUCCCUUAAUAGAUCAACCGUUUUCAAAUAUACAGUUUCCUUAUGGCUGUAUUCCUCCACAUUUAGGCCACUACUUCUUUGGCACAGGAUUAAACACGAAAAUAGAUGUUUCCAAUGAUCCAGUUAAUGAGAAUAUUAGUUCUUCAGAAUUGAAGCGAGGAGAUGCUGAUUAUGAUUACUGGCAGGAGCAGGACACAGAGUCCACCGGAGGCUUUGACCCAGAUAGAGGAAAAGUUGAAUUGCUUCAUACUGAUGAUACACCACAGUCAAUCUCGCCAAGUGUUAAUCUAAUUCCUCCAUUUCAGUCAAGAGAUCCCAGAAGUUCAACUAGAGGUCAACAGAUGUAUAGCAGGGAAAAACAUGGGUCAAAGCCUGAUGAUCAUCUAGAUAAUUUCCAGUUUGAGCAAAAAGAAAACGAGGUAUAUUCUGAUGAGAGAACAACAAGUUCAAGGUUUUCUUCUGCUGCUCACAGUAGUUCUUUAAGAAGUAAAACUUCUUCCGAGAGUUCCUGGGAAGAGCCAUCUACAAAGUUCUCAAAGUCAACAAGAGAGAAGGGGGGAAAUAAAAUUGUUGCUGAAUCAUCUACUGUGUAUGGAACGGGUAACAUCAUGUCAGAGCGUGCAUCUGAUCAGCCUGACGACGACCAAGAUUGGAAUCGCCAGACGAACACAAGAAAAGAAAUUGCUGAAAUAAGUUCAGGAAUGAAUUCAGUUCCUUCUUUGCAUAUGGUGAGGCAUCACAUACCUGACUAUGAAUCCGCUCAAACAAGUGGUUCAGAAGCAAUGAUUCCUAUGCCUCCCAUGAUAUUUGCUUCUCGCCAAAGAACAAUGGAUAACUCUGGGACUGUUCCCUUUGCAUUUUAUCCGGCUGGGCCUCCAGUGCCAUUUUUUACAAUGAUCCCUUACCCUGUGUAUAGUGUUCCGCCUGAUGCUGGAGCUUCUGCCAAUUUAACGAUUAAGUAUGGCGGGGAGGAAGGUCUCGAGAAUAGCGAUCCUGCUCAAAAAUUUGAUUCACCAGGAGAUGAACAUUCUCAGAAUCCAGCUAACGUAGAAUCCUUAAGAAAGGCUGCUAAUUCUGAGACAUCUCUUGAACACAUUUCUGACAUUCUUAACAGUGACUUUGCCAGCCAUUGGCAAAAUUUGCAAUAUGGACGGUUUUGCCAAAACCCCCAGUCCCUCGGUCCUCCAACUUAUCCUUCACCUGUCAUGGUGCCACCUAUGUAUCUACAGGGUCGUUUUCCAUGGGACGCACCUGGACGACCCCUUUCAGGCAAUGUGAAUGGAGUCUCUCCACUUAUGAAUUAUGGUCCUCGUCUUGUUCCUGUCGCUCCUAUUCAGCCUGUUCCUGGGAGACCACCUAAUGUAUAUCAACAGUACGGUGAUGAUCUGCCAAAAUAUCGUAGUAGUGGGACCGGAACUUAUUUGCCAAAUCCUAAGGUUUCUGCAAGGGACCGACAUACUUCAGGCACCAGAAGGGGUAACUACAGCUAUGACAGAAGUGAAAACAAUGGAGACAGAGAAGGAAACUGGAAUCAUAAUUACAAAUCAAGAGGCACAGGCCGGAACCACCAUCGCAACCAAACUGAGAGAUCAAACUCAAGAACUUACAGACCAGCUGUCAGUGAGAGCCGACCUGAUAGAUCAUGGAAUUCUUACAGAAAUGACACAUAUUCUUCGCACCAGGCGCAAAACGGUGCAUUGCACUCUAACUCCUCUCAGGCUGGUCUUCCAAAUGUGACAUAUGGGAUGUAUCCUGUACCAUCUGUGAACCAAAACCCCUUGUCAUCUAAUGGGCCAAAUACUCCAGCGCUUGUAAUGAUGUAUCCAUAUGAUCAUAAUCCUAACUAUAGUCCAACCGCUGAACAGCUAGAUUUGGGAUCAUCAAGUCAGGUGGGUUUCCCAGUUACGAAUGAAAAAUAUUUGAGUGAAGGAAGUAAGGAAAAGGAAGCAUUUGACGAACAUAGGUUACAUGGGAGAUCUGCACACCACUCAUCCCCAGAUCAACCUUCCUCCCCCCAUCAUUAUAGAUCCUAAAGGGAGGUUUAAUUGGUUCAUUAAUUUUACAAUUACAGAGUUAUAGGUUGAAGUGAGCAUCUCCACAAGUGCUUCUUAGUUAUGUAGAAAUUGCCAGGAAGGACAUUACUGAGAUACCAGCACACUCUUACCGGGUUCACAGAUGAUACUCGACCCUUGUCAGGUUUGAUAUUUUCCUCACCUCGCUCGUGUCUUGGAGACAUUAUCUUCCCAAGUGUCUGUCCUUAGAAACUGACCCUCUUUAGUAUAGUCUCCAUGUAAGGAACCUAGUCAUCUAACACAGAGGGACCGAUUUUAAGGAAUGUGGAAGGGACACAGGAGAUGGGCUAGCUAGAUCAGAUUAUGUACUUUAUUUAUACUUAUUUUUACUUUUGGGUAUUACAUGGUAGGCUAUACACAUUGUAAGCUUAUUGAAGUAGAUGUUUUUACCAUGCCAUGAUCUGUUUUUUGGCAGGGAUUUUCUUAAAAUUCAUACUUGGGAUUUGUAUACAUGCGUGUUGUACUGCUCUCUGAUAAAAUUUUAAAUGUUAACAUUCUCAUUCAUUUCUCCA